GUGGUACUGGUGACAUUGUGUUAUAUAGCCUGAAGGACUUGGAUAUUGUUGAUAAUAAAUUAGUUUAUCUGAAGAUAAAUGAUGGAACCAAUUCAACCAGUCGGAACCGAAUUCUAUUGCAAAGAAAAUGCCAAAGAAUCUCACACGGAUAUGUACGACCUGUUGGACACAGAAGUACCUUUUCCAGUAUUGCGUAGAGGUUGUAACAUGUUCUUUGCCAUCAGGUUUAACAGAGAUUAUGUACCUACCCAAGAUGUUAUCAGGGUGAGAUUUACUAUUGGAGACAAGCCCAACGUUGUUAAGGGCACCCGAGUCAUCUUGCCCAUUAUGACAAAACAGAAAAAAUUGGCGCACGAUCCCAGUAGAUGGUCAAUCAGUUUGGUCCAGGAUUCUGGUACAAUUAUCACAGUGAAGGUUCAUAUUUCCGCCCAUGCUCCAGUUGGUAUCUGGAAAUGUUCUUUGCAAACUAAUAUUGUAGGACAGAAAGAAAAACGUUUUGAUUAUGCGGUUCCAGAUGAUAUCUACAUAAUAUUCAACCCAUGGUGUUCCCAAGAUGGCGUUUUUAUGGAAAACGACGAAGAAAGAAAAGAAUACAUCCUAAACGAAACAGGCAAAAUAUGGUGUGGCACAUUUAAAAAUCCCACAGGCAAACAUUGGGUGUUUGGACAGUUCGACGAUAUAGUCCUACCGUCAGCUAUGCUUUUAAUGGAAAAAUCCGGAUUACCACAUUCUGAAAGGGGAAAUCCUGUGUUGGUGACUAGAGCCAUAUCAGCAAUGAUUAAUUCAGUCGAUGAUGGUGGCCUUGUAGAAGGCAGAUGGGAUGGUCAAUACGAAGAUGGAACAUCACCUUUUGCUUGGACUGGCUCUACUGGUAUCAUGGACCAAUACUUACGAUCUGGAGGAAACCCUGUCAAAUACGGCCAAUGCUGGGUAUUCUCCGGAGCCACCGUUACUGUUUGUAGAACACUCGGGAUUCCUUGCAGAUCUACCACUAACUAUGUUUCUGCUCACGAUACCAAUCAAUCUAUGACAGUAGACAAAUUUUUUGAUAUCUUCGGCAAUAAAAUUGAAGAAAGUGACGAAAUCGACUGUAAAGACUCUUGCUGGAAUUUCCAUGUGUGGAACGAUGUUUGGAUGUCUAGACCUGAUUUGCCACAAGGCUAUGGUGGAUGGCAAGUUAUUGAUGCUACACCACAAGAGACGAGCGAUAAAGUUUAUAGGUGUGGACCAGCUUCAGUUGCUGCUGUCAAGAAAGGUGAAGUAGGAUACCUUUAUGAUACACCGUUCGUGUUUUCUGAAGUCAAUGCAGAUAUCGUUCACUUUAAAGAAGAUGAGGAAUCAGAUUGGGGAUUCAGUAGACUUUCAAUUAAUAAAUAUCAUGUUGGCAGAAAAAUCCUCACAAAACGCAUAGACGUAAACGACGAGAAAGGUGACACCGACAUGUGGGACAUAACAUCUCUGUUCAAAAAUCCAGAGAAUACUCCAGCAGAAAGAUUAGCUGUAUACAACGCAGUGCGUGGAAUCCCAAAAGCUCAACAGUUUUACGAAAUUCCUUCGGAAGAAAAUAACGAUGUAGUGUUCGAUUUGGUUGAUAUCGAUACAGUCAAUAUUGGAAAAAGCUUCGACAUUGUUGUAAAGAUUGAAAAUAAGUCUCAUGAAGAUAGGACUAUAAGUGCUGUUCUUACUGCUGCAUCUGUUUUGUACACAGGAGCAGCUGCUGGUGAUAUCAAGAAAUCCCAAGGGAUGUUUAAGGUUGCGGCUGGUAAAGAGGACACAAUGAGAAUUCGAGUAUCACCUGAGGAAUAUCUGGACAAGUUAGUAGACCACGGUUCAAUAAAAAUCUAUGCUUUAGCUACCGUGCAAGAAACCAAACAAACAUGGAGCGAAGAAGACGACUUCACUAUGCUUCUGCCAGUGUUGAAUAUAUCCAUGCCAGAAUCGUGUGUGGUGCAUCAACCGUGUGAAAUCGAUUUUAGUUUUACAAAUCCGCUGAAUAUCCAAUUGACAAAUUGUAUCUACACCAUCGAAGGUCCGGGUUUACAGAAACCAAAAACCGUGAAACAUGAGAAUAUUGAACCCCGUACUGAGGUUAGAUUCAAUCAUACCUUCACUCCUCAGAAAAUUGGUGCUAGAAAAUUGGUGGUCAGUUUUACUAGUAAACAGAUUCAAAAUAUUUCCGCUAGUUCGAUUGUUAGGAUUGAUGGAUAGGUAUUAGC